UAUGCCACACAUUUAGUCCGGCCUCUCAAACCUUAUCGCUCUCUCGAGCUCUCUUGGCUCCCCAAAAACGGUACGUAGCGAGCAUGUGAGCCGCGAACGCUUCCCGUCCCAAAUCCCAAAUGCAGGCGCCUGUGACGCCGGCGGGCUCCGUCUCCACCGGAGAGACACCGCUUCAACGGCCACCCGUCGCCAUCUCCUCGCCACCAUCCGCCGCAACGACAACGAGGAGGCGGCUGCUCGUGUCCGCCGGUGGCCUGCUCCUCGCCGCCGCCGCGGGCAACAACAACGCUGCCAGCAGGGGAGCGGCGGCGGCAGCGGUGGACCUCGGCUACGACCCGGUGACGGAGGCGGAGCGCGCGGCGAGCGCCGCCGUGUCGCAGCGCGUCGGGGAGGCGGUCCGGCUGCUGGAGGCCGGGCGGGAGCUGCAGGCGCGCGGCGAGUUCGCGGGGGCGCUGGCGUCCUUCACGGCGGUGGUGAGCGGGUACAAGGAGCUGGCGCUGUCGGAGUACGCGCGGGUGGGGCGGGCUCUGGUGCUGUACGAGAUCGGCGACCGCGACGAGUCCAUCACGGAGAUGGAGGACGUGUCGGUGGCGCUCAAGGGGUACCCGGAGAUCCACGCCGCGCUGGCGGCGGCGCUGUACGCCGACAAGCACGCGCCGCUGCUGGCCGAGUUCCAGUUCAACAUCGCCACGCUGCUGGACCCGCACUACUCCGACCUCGCCUACGUCAGGGACACCAAGCACUGGCCGCCCAGCCUCGUCGCCUCCCUCAAGAACUUCAUUACACUCACCUAGCCUCCUCCUCCUCCUCCUAGGUACCACUACUAUAGAUAAUUUCUUGCUCAUCUUCUUCCAGUUCCUCUAUCAUAUACCGUAUACGGAUACGGAGAACUAAAUUGUACCCUCCAAUUCCAAAAAAAAAUACUGUAAAGGAUUUAUGAUGUCUGAAAUUUGUAGUACGUACUGCUUCCUCCGUCCCAUAAUGUAAGGAAGGCUGGAGCAGUACGUACUACUUGGCAGGAGACAUACACUACUCCGGGGAUCGUAUUUCUUUGUGUUAGAAAGAAAGAUUGUUUAUUGCACUUA